AUGGCUACCGAAACCCUAAUUGAUAACCAACCAUCUCUCCACGACAAACUCCACGGUCUUCCAGCCAAUGAAAACAAAGCCGCCGCUGAUGAAGAGGUAGAUGCUUUGACUGAAGUUGACGAAUCGAAAGAGAAGAAAGAGAUCCACGAACACGAUGAUGAAUCGGAGAAAGAAGAAGAAAAGGACGAAGGAGAUGAAGGAACAGAUGAAGAUGACGAGGAGGAAGAGGCUAAGGAGAGUCAGUUGAGGAAAGAGGCAAAAUCUGAGAAGAGUCCAGUUACGCCGACCAGUGACAGGCCGACCAGAGAACGGAAGCUGGUGGAGCGAUACUCUGAACCGUCACCGAAGCUCGGGAAGUCUGCAUCUAGUAAAGUUUUGGUAAUUGAAAAGGGACGUGGUACUCAGCUUAAGGAUAUUCCAAACGUGGCUUUCAAGUUGUCAAAGAGAAAACCUGAUGACACACUGCAUAUGCUUCACAAUCUACUGUUUGCAAAGAGAACAAAGGCAUACAAUCUAAAGAGGAAUAUAGGCCAGUUUUCUGGCUAUGUGUGGGCUGAAAAUCAGGAAAAACAGAGGAUAAAGGUAAAGGAAAAGAUUGAUAAAUUUGUGAAAGAAAAGUUGGCAGACUUCUGUGACGUGCUUAAUAUUCCAAAGGGCAGUGCAAAGAAGGAGGAGCUGUCUGCAAAGCUGUUGGAUUUUUUGGAGUCCCCACAUGCUACUACUGAUGUUCUGCUUGCUGAACAAGAACAGAAAGCUAAGAAGAAUAAGAAGAAGAAGCGAACUAGGAAAACAACCCCUGGCAAAUCUCCCAGGGAAGCAUCCACAGAAACACUGGCGAAGAAGAAAAAGCAAACUCCACAAUCUGGAAAAAAACGUAAACCAUCAUCUGAUGUUGAAGAUGAUGAUAAGGCUGAAAUUUCAGAUGCAAAAGAUGAGCCACAAGAAGAUGAAGAAGAUGUUGCAGUGGCAAAUAAUGGAACUGGUGGUGAUGUGGGUAAAUUCGAAGAAGAUGAAGAGGAAGAUAUAUCAAAGACUCACAAGAGUAAGUCCAAACGGUCUGGGAAAAAAGGUUCAGUUGCUAAAGCUGAGUCUAAAACGCCAUCUGUUAAAAAGACCUCUGCAAAAGCUGCCAAAAGCAGCGAAGAAUCUCCAAAACCGAAGAAACCCAUUACUGAUAAUGAUUCUGCAUCUCUUCCCAAGUCACACCAACCUGUCACCAAGAAACUGAAAACUGGAAAGGAAAAGCAGGACACUAAGGAGAAGGAUGCGAUAAAAACCCCAAAGGCAGUAAAAGGUAAAAGAAGUAAGAAGAAGGUAGAAGAACCUAGCAGGGAGGACAUGCACUCAGUUGUUGCUAAUAUUCUGAAGGAAGUAGAUUUCAACACUGCAACUUUGUCUGAUAUUCUCCGCCAACUUGGUACACAUUUUGGCCUUGAUUUAAUGCAUAGAAAAUCAGAGGUGAAGAAUAUCAUCACAGAUGUAAUUAAUAGCAUGUCUGAUGACGAAGUUGAUGAUGAGGAAGUAGAUAAUGAGUCUGAUGGAGAUGUUGAAGAGGGUGGUGAUGCCAGUGAGGAAGAUGGCAAUGAAUAA